AUGACUCUACAGUGCUCCAAAGAGCAGCCGACUUGUAGGAUAUGUGCACAGAGCGGUGCGAAAUGCCACUACAGCGGAAAAAUAAUCAGAUCGCCGCUCACAAGAGCCUACCUCACGAGUGUUGAGAGAAAACUUCAGGGACUUGAGGCCGUUGUAUCGCAGCUACUCCCUGGAGUCAACAUUGACGACUUGGUCAAGUCACCAGACCUGGCACAAGCUUCUGUUCUUGCCCCGGGGCCACCUACGCCUGAUGUCUUGCGCCCUGCUUUGAUGUCCAGUCCCCACAGUGAACCAAGUCCGGCUGCAUCAAACGAUCCAGUUAUCCCAGAGGCUGUACCGAACAAUGCAGAUGGUUUCAAUUGGCAAGAGGAGGAUGCUAACGUUGAUCGUCUCACCGAUGGCAUGGCCGCUCUCUCUGUUGAGCCCACUGGUGUCGGCUAUUUAGGAUCAACCUCAGGUGUUGUUUUCCUGCGAUGUUUACUUGACUGGGCUGGCUUUCUGCACCAGUCUCAGGCACAACCCCAAGAGCGCCAUGCCGAACGCUCUACACUUCUCACCAGUGUACUGGCAUCUGCGCAGGUCUCUCAUGCUGCAUUGACAACUCAAAUUGCAUCAACGUUGAUCGAUGCGUACUUUCAGGAGUACCAUUGCGUCUAUCCUUUUGUACACGAGGCAACGUUCCGAGCACAGUACCACGAGAUUGUGCCGCGCCCAGCCAAACGGUCCUGGGACAUGUUGUAUCAUGCAAUCUUGGCAUUAGGAGCGUGGUGUCUUAAUAAAGACCAAGUGGGACUGGAAGACUACCUAUAUCGCCGUGCCCUCACUUUAGGACAACACGAGUCGGUUUUUGAGACGGCCAAUAUGACAUCGAUCCAAGCAUUGAUCUUAUUGAGUAACUUGAGCCAGAAACGUAAUGCCCCAAACACAGGAUGGAACCUCCUCGGGCUUGCAGUACGUAAUGCUCUGAGUGUCGCUCUGCAUAGGGAGCUACCUCACUGGAACAUUAGCCUCAUGGAACGGGAGAACCGCCGCAGAGUCUGGUGGGGGCUAUACAUCUUCGAUAGUGGUGCUUCGACAACUUUCGGAAGAGCGAUCAUGCUUCCUGAUCAGGACUCCAUGAACGUGCAUGCCGUUCUCAACGUCAGCGAUGAAGCACUUACACCACAGACAACAGAGCUCCCGAUUGAAUCGACAGAGCCUACGCUUUACUCCGCAUUGAAGGCACAAAGCGAUCUGCACAUGCACACUAAUCACAUCUCGAACCGGCUACUCGCUGAUCCCGGUCUUUCUGCGGAAGCAGCACUCUCCAUCAGUGCUUCCAUGGACGUAUGGUCUCAUAUUUUGCCCGCCUAUUUCCAGUUAGAUCAUCAGUCCCCCUGUCAGCAUCGAUGGUACACGUUUGCAAAAUCGCGUCUGUGGUGGAGAUUCUGGAAUCUCAAGAUUAUCGUCUUCCGCCACAUCCUGCUUCGUCGCGCCAUCUCCGAGAGAGGUCAAAUUCCUGAUCCAGUAGCUCAGGUCAAUCAGGAAGAAUGUACGCGGCUGUGCAUAGAUGCUGCAAACGCCACAGUGACAUCCAUACACCAGUACGCUGUACAGGGACUAACGCGAUUAGAAGGCUGGUAUGCCACCUAUUUCCUCUUCCACGCAGCGCUGGUGAUGAGCUUGUGCAUCAUCAGUUUCCCGCAAUCUUCAGAACUGCAAGUCUGGCACCAAGCAGUUCGUUUAGCAAGAAGCACGUUUCGAGAUCAUCUUGUUGAGGACUCUCUUUCCGCUCGCUGCGUCACCAUCCUUGAUCAGGUCGUUACAAUCGAUGACAUCGACUCGGGCAUCUUCCAGGACGUUCCUCAAUUAGAUCGCGAUGCCUUGAGCAACUUUCCUUGGUCGGUCGAGUCGAACGAGCUCUUCAACUCCUUUGACUGGGAUUUGACUUCCAAUGGCUUCUGA